CUGCGAGUCCUCCGGGAUCGUUCCGGUCCGGGUGCGGGUCACGCGCGCUUUCUUGCGCGCGCGCGCGGGAGAACGUCGAGGACGACGAGGCGAAGUGCGCGCGGGGAUAAGGAGGAAAAAUCGUGGAUCUCCAGGAUCGACCGGUGCAACGUGCUGGACCGUGGCGAGGAUCGAGGGAUUUUGCAAUGCUCGCGAAUGGCAGAUGAAUGGGAGUGGCUAGCAUUCCGGAGCAUAAAGAUCAACGGGCUUGGCAUGAAUUAAGACCAACUCGGAAAAUGGACGUCGCCAAGGGCACAACGGAGGAGUUCGUGACGGUGGUCAGCGUCGGCAGCCAGCCGACAUCGGAGAAUUUCGUGACCGUUCUGUCGAUCGGCAAUGGCAGGAAGGAAGACGAGGACUCGUCGCCGACGGCGGGCAAGAGCCUGGUGAACGGCGUGGACGGUCACGUGGAGGAGGAAGUCGAGGUGUUCAGGUUACCCGGCGAGCGCCUCGGCUUCGGACUCAAGUUCGAGGGCGGUAACAAAACGUCCGAGAGGGUCAGGAGACUGUUCGUGCAGAGCUGCGCCGAGCAGAGUCCCGCUAGCAGAGCGAAGUGUUCAUGGGGCACCUUGGGCGAGGGGGACGAGGUACUCUCGAUCGACGGUAUACCCGUGACGCACAUGACCCGGUUGGAUUGCGUGAGGAGGCUGAAGGAGUCGCAGUUGGUCAUCAGACUGAUGGUGAGAUGUCGCGGGGCCCUGCGGCCGGAAGUGGUGAGCGCCGAGAGGAAAAUGUCGACGGAGAAGAGCAAGGUGCCGCCGGAAUUGCCCGCGGCGCCUCCGCCUGUGCCGCCGAGGAAGCUGAGGCAGCCGCGAGGAUCGGCGGACGGCGAGGCGAAUCCCAGUCCUGUGAAGAAAUCCUGGGACAGCCCGAGGUCGCAGAACCCGUCGCUCAAUGGCUCGCAGAACGGCUCGCAAAACGGCUCGCCGGCUUCUCAGGCCGGUCUGCAUUGCGUGCUGAAGAGCAGCUCGUACGAGAGUUGCGAGUCCUCGCCGAGAAGCGUCAACGCGUCGAGUCAGGAGAGUCCAAAGGGGUCGCCGAAGGACCGUUCGCCGGAGCUGGCGAAGUCGAAGCAGGAACCGCCAGAAGCGAUGGUUUAUCUGGACGCGAGGUCGCAGUGCGGCUCGACGCACGGCAGCACGUCCGACGACACCGGCAGCUCAAUGUCCACCGUGGUCGACAGAUUCUCGACGUCCGACCGCGUCUCGACCAUCUCCACGGCGUCCACGGCGUCGACCGCGUCCGAGCAGCCGAGCGAAUUUUCGGGCAUUGAUCGAGACCUGGAUCGAUCGUCCGACCGAGACGUGCUGCUGUCGCGAGCGAUCUGCCCGCUGGAGCACCUCGAGCGGGACUUCCCCGCGAACCCGCCCGACUACCUGCUCCGUCGCCUGGCCAACUCCGAGGCGGUGACGCACGUGGAGUCGCGGGGCGAGGUCGAGAGAAUCACGGCGGUGGUCGCGCCGAACACGGUGCUGAUCGAGGAGACCAUCACCCUGCAGCCGCCGCUCAGCUUCCAGGAUGCCCCGCUGAGUUACGGGCACGAAGCUCGGCCGGACCUCUUCUACACGGCCGAUCUCGCGGCCGACUCAACCACGCAUUUCAGGCCGAUUAAGGACGAUGAGGAGCUCGUGGAGCGCGUCAACGGCAACGGCCACGAAGAAUGUCGCGAGACGAGCUGCGUCAGCAGCGCGGAGGCGCAGCGCGAGAGAAGCAACGCCGACAGGUUGCCGACGUCCACGUCCACGUCGUCGUCGUCGUCGUCGUCGUCGCCGCCGCCGUUGCCGGCUAGAAAUCACGUGAACAGGAUCUGCGUGAACCAGUCGUCGAGCGAACACGCGAGCGAGACGCGUUCCCCGCGCGUCUCCGCGACAGUCCCCGUCUCGCCUGAGAAGGAACCUCCGGACGCUCCUCUGUUACCGCCGAAACCGUUGCCGAGGAAGGACGUUAAGGCCAGACGGAAGAGGCCACCCCCGCCGCCGCCACCGCCGACCAUAGCACCGCGAAAGGAGGCAAAGCCUUCGGCCGAGUCGAACCAUGUGAUGGACAAAGAGAACAGAGAUCUUUCGCAGAACGAAAACACGGAGUUCGUUCAGUCGGGAUCGUGCGACUCGUCGCCGAGCAAAAACAACGACGAAAGGAGCCGAGGAAUCGAGAAUCCAAGUGCACGCGAGAACCUGGACGUAGAAGCUGCGGUGAAGAGCGUCGAUAACGGAGCAAAUGCUGCGGGAGAAGGCGAGCGAACCAAUAAAGUCUUGGAAAUUAUCGAGAUCAGGAUGGCCAAAGCUUUGCAGUCCGCUCAGAAGGAACAGGUGGCUAGGAGCGAGUCGAACAGUGCGUCCGAAGCAGUGAAUAAUUGCGAACGAACGGCUCCUGCGAGGCAAGUUGGAGUCAAAGACGAGGUGAUUGGCGAGAACAAUCAGGACCAGACGCAGUCUGCGAGUCCUUCGAGCAGAAUUCCGACGGAGCGUCAGAAUUCGACGAGUGUAGAAUCGUCUGAAGUGCGAGCCGACGAGAACGACGAUGAGGAAAACUAUACAGAUUCUGAAAGAAGCUACGAGGAGAAAAACAGAGCAAAUACGCGAGAAGUUGUCAAAGAGGGAUUUCCGUCCAUCGGAGAGAUCGACAAUCCUGCGCUGCGGGAGAGCGAGGACGACGAAACUUACCGAUCGCUGGACGAGGUGAACGACGACAUGAAAAGUCCGGAGAUGAACCGAAUGCUGGAGGACGAGGAGGAGGAGGAGGAGGAGGAGGAGGAAGAGGAGGAGGACACAAGCGACGAGAGCGAGGAUGGCGAUUAUUAUUGGCAGAGCAAUUUAGCUACCAUCGGCGAAGAAGAGGAAACCAACUCCUUGGAAUACAUGAAUGCCAACACGGACGCGGAUGACCCUAGCAAGUCGUCGAUGGUGUCGGAAGAAUCGUCGCUUACAAUCAAGAAGGAUACGUUCGUUAAAGCCGCGCGAGAUGACGAAGCAGACCGCGUGAGCAAGAUUGCAGAGUACACGGAGGAGGAAAACAAGAACCCGAGCAAAGCCCGCUCCCACGAAGGAACGAGCGAAGUCGGCGAUGACACGGUAAAUGGUAAAAUGGAGAACUGCGGAGGCGGCCAGCGCCUGCCCCCGGACGGGGACGAAUUUCCAGCGGCGUACCAAGAGUUCAGCGGCGGCGGCGGUGGCGGCGGCGGCGGCGGCGGCGGCGGCGGCGGCGGUGGCGGCGGCGGCCAGCCGUACAGAUACAUCGCCGCGACAAGGACAGCGCCGAUAACCGCGAAUGGCGGAUUGUGCAACGAGAACGAGCCGUUCCGUGGUAGCGAGACUUUUAAGAUGCUCGCGAACGACAACAAUGUUGUCGGUUCGAGGAGCAUCAUCCUGUCCGAUAGUAAAAUGACGUUGACGAGCACGGAAAACGUGAGGCAGGAUAUCAACAAAGUCGCUCUGGCAAAUAUGGAGAACGUCCGCUCGGAGAUGGGCAAGACUGCUCCAGCCAAUAUAGAUAAUGUGUGCCAGGACGCGAAGUCGUCCGACGCUCCUAACGAAGAGCGGAAGUCGACUUAUCAGGCCUCGGAAGACACGACGAAGAAAAAUUCCGCCACCGUCGCGGCGGGUUCUCUUUAUUCUUGCCCGACGAGUACCGGCAAUAUAAUGAUGAGCGAGAAGAAGAUGGAGAUCGCCGCUUACUAUCACAAGGACGUCGCGACGAUCGAAGAGGUGCCAAGCCACGCGGAAAAGGACACGCCUGUUGAUUCUCCGCCGCCUUUACCAUUAACGGGCCCGCCCAAAAUGGAGCAAACAGUUGUACACGCGAGGAACGUCCCUACGAUGGAGUCGCCGCAAAGAAAGUUCUCCCUGAACGGCGAUCUCUGGAGACAGGACGACAAGUCCGAGCGGUCGGUUCGAGACAAAAUCGCCAUGUUUUCGUCGCAGAGCAGCCUGGACGCGCCUUUGUUCCCCAACGCCAUAGCAGCGGCGGCGGCGGUCACGAGCAGCGGCAAACGCCUCUCUAAGUACAAGUCCUCCGAAGAUGUUUGCUGCGACGAGAAGAGUAACGGGCAGAAGGACCGGUCGUCCUUCUUCGCCGACAGGACGCAGAGCUCCUUCGACCUUACUGAUUCAGCUAGAACUUCCAGCGCGCAUGAUUCGCCGAGGAAAUACAGCCAACGAACACCCAGCUUGCCCCAAACCAUCCAACCCGCUCUGCUGAGUCCAACAUCACCGAGCGCGCGCGUCCCGAAGACGCUACCGGUCGUUCCGCCGAAGAACACGUCACUCUCCAGUCCGUUGGUGCCUUCGUACGACAAGCAAACCUUCUUGAACGCGAAGAACUACUGCGCGAACACGUCCGAGGGUAGCGGUUUGCAACAAAGCAUCGCGUACCCGACCAUCAAUAAAGCUGGGACUCCUUGCAAUAAUUCCAACAGCCUGUCCAAGACACCGAGCACCUCCUCGUUGACGCGCGCCACGAGCUUCUCAGGCGCGACGCUUUUCGUGCAAGACCGAGGCGCCUCGACAACUGACUUCGUCAACAACUCACAGGUCGCGCGAACGAACUCAUUAGCGUCCACGUUCAGGAGACCCGGCGAAGACGCCAGGAGAAGCAGCCUGAAUCAAUUGAUCGAGCAGAGGCGGAGGUCAAUAUCGAAACUGCGCGGUCUGGUCAUACCGGAGAAAGAUCCUGUGCCGAUCGAUCAACCUAUCGUCGACCUGCCGGAGAUCAAGUCUCGGGACUCAAUCUUGCUGCAUCAGGUAUCAAAGGCGAACAUUCAGGACAAAUGGGGUUCUCAAAGUUCCUUAGCCAGCAACGCCAGCACGGCAAGCGCGCCCUUAAAAGCGACCACAUCCUUCAAGAUGCCAGCGCCUCAAAUACACUCCAAGUACUCCCCGGCCUUCAAGAGGAAAUCCCUCACGGUUUACGGCACAUCCAUGAGCGGCUCCUCGAUCAACGGCAGCCUGAUCAAGAAUUCACAGAGCGCGGCGUCCACGUUCUCCGAGCCGCCGAAGAGCCUGGAAAGCAUCUGCAGUCCAACAAGGAGCGACUACAGCUUCGAGUUCGCCUCGGCAACCAGCUCGCCGGACGGCACACGCACCAGGCCGAAGACGAUGCAGCGGAAGGCUCGCUUGGAUUACGACGAUUCCGACAACGACUCGGCCGUGAGCAGCUCGCAGAGCAGCAUAUCUCGCGGCUUCAGUCCGCCGAUGUCCCCGGUGCCGUCCGAGAGGUCCACCAUCUCCUCGGAAAGAUCCUAUGUGUCCACGGAGCUCUGCUACCAACGUCGGACCUUGAUCGCGGACAGCGUGAGCAGAAGUUCGGUGCGAGAUUCGAGCGGGGCCGACAAGGAACAAUUCACCGGUAGAAUCGGCGUUCUCGGCGAGCGGACGUACCUGACGGAGAGAUCAUCGUCCAGCAGUAGCGGUUCGAACCCGCGCUCGCCGCAACCGAGCGAGCUGGCCUCGAGGAACUCGCAGAUCCCGCAGAGGCAGCUGAGGCGGUCCAACAGCACUGACACGAAUUGCAGCACGUCCUCAACGCUCACGUCCGGCUCCCAAGCCAGCGCCGAGUCGUUGUCCAGGCGGGUGCUGAAGCCGCAGAGUGUGGAGGCGAUAAAUCGGAAGAACAUCUUGGCGAGUGCCCGAUGCCGGAGCGGCAGGGAUCUAAAUGGAUCGCCGUUGAUCCAACGGAAGUUCUCCGACGACGAGGACGCCGCGAGAGCCGUCGAGAACGGCGGCGCUAUCCACCAGAGAGUGAGUAAUAAUUCUGCGAACGAGUGCGCGAGCAAACAGGAGAUCAAGAUAGCUUACAUAGAAGUCGCGGAUCCUUUCGCGGAGGACGAAGGCCCGUUUCAGAAGAAGCUCGAGGAGCCGAAGCUGCCGCCCAAGAGGAGCGUACUUCCUCCUGCCAUUAGACCACCGAAAUCCGAGCUGCUGGAGCCGUCGAACGACCUGAAGAUGUGGGUGCGCGCGGAAGCGAAGACCUUGGCGCGUAACGCGGAAGAAAAGUCGAGCAAGCACAGCGACAAAACGCAUCUGGUCGCGCCUCCGAAUCUGGACGCGUCGCAUGUAAUUCACACGACCAAGAGCAGCCGCGGGCCCAUGUUCAACGAGCCCAUCAACACCGCUGCUAAUGGCGGCCUGCCUGCGAAGAACAGAGCGACGAUGGAGGAAACGAAGAUGGCCACUGCGGAGACGGCGAAGCAACAAUGCAGAGCGAACUUAGCUUCCAGAAGAGGCACCGAGGAGCAGAACGACCUCCUGACGAUCUUAACGACGAAGAGCAGAUCCAGAUCAGCGAUACAUGUGGACGAAGGGACCUUUGGCCGGUCGAAGAGCCAGAUGAGUCUGGAAGACAUACUGGGUGGUAAAGCGGAUCCGAAAGUGCUCCGCGCGCAGAAUAUGGAGCCGAAGAUCGAGAAGAACGGCGCGUUGCAGAGCCCGUCAGCCAAGUCCACGUGGGAGUCGAAGGAGAGCCGAUACGGUAGACGCGGCUCCGCCGCCUCGAACGACUCCUGGUCGGAAGAGCGACCACCCUUUAUCUCGAAGAUACCCACUUUAGGGAAAACCAGGCCGCUCGAUAGCGGCGACGAGAUGUCAGAAGCCAUGGAAAGGACGAAGAGCGCGGUGUCGAAGAUCCCAACGUCCCGCGGCCUGAAUCGACGCAGCGCCAGCGUCACCGACAUGAAGAAGGCCCUGGAGAAAAUCGACGCGGCGAGCUCUCCCCAUGGUCAAGCGCAGCAGAGCAGCGGCGGCAGCGCUCAUAACCGCUUCCCGAGCCUGGACAGUAGCGUGGACGAGAACGUCUGCGCGAUCAUCGGCACGGAGACGGACACCGACAGGUGCUACAGCGAGCAGUUCGGCAGUAUCAGCUCGUUAGCCAGCAGCACCAGCCUGAUCUCGCAGCAGGAACUGGCGCAGCUGGUGGAGGAGGCGAGCUUGGAGGAGGCGCGCGGCGCUCAUGACGUCGUGGUCGUGUUGCUGCACAAGGAAAACCCGACCGGCAGCGUCGGUAUCACCUUAGCCGGCGGGGCGGACUGCGAAGUGAAGGAGAUCACGGUGCACCGAGUGCUGACGCACUCCAUCGCCGACAAGGACGGUCGGGUGCAGAGGGGCGAUAGGAUCCUCAGUAUAAACGGCAGGAGCACCCGGGGCCUCACCCACAGGGAAAGUAUGGCAGUGCUGAAGCAGCCGAGGUCGGAGGUCGUGCUGGUGGUGUCGAGGGCCAGGAUGGAGGAAGGCUGCAAGCUGAGGUCGCGAACCGCGAGUGUCGAGACCAUCGUCGAAGGGUUAGAGACGAACGGGGUCGUCGAGAACAUCGCAUGGGGGCCCCCCUCGACCGUGGCGGUCUACAAGGACGGAGCUGGUCUGGGUUUUAGUCUGGAAGGCGGCAGAGAUAGUCCCCUCGGGGACAGACCUCUCAUCAUCAAGAAGAUAUUCACCGGAGGUGCUGCCGAGAAGACAGGCGCCUUAAGAGCCGGGGACCAACUGCUCGAGGUGAAUGGCAACGACGUGACGCGAAUGUCAAGGAUAGAAGCGUGGUCCUUGAUGAAGAAACUACACGACGGUGAAGUGAAUCUCCUAGUCAGGCAUCCUGCCACCAAGUCCUCGUAAAGAGAAGCAAUUCUCGAUGGGGCUGCGACGGUGCGAACGGAGUGCGGGAAUGUGCCAAGCAAGCAAGCAAGCGACUGCAUAAUUUCUCGAUGGAUAUUCCUUGAGAUAGGCAUAAUGCUUAAAAUAACGUGCUCAUCAAUGUGUUAUUCGAGGAGCAUUACAUUCGGCUAGGUAUUAACGCGAGGAGCUAUUCUUUGUCGGGUUUGAGUUGUCGUCGUAAAAGUUCCUUUUGACACCUGAACGUGAGAGAGAGAGAGAGAGAGAGAGAGAGAGAGAAAGAGAGAGAGAGAGAGAGAGACAGAACGAGAAAUCGUGUGAAUUAUUCACGAGAAUUUAUAUAUAUCUUAUACAAAUUUUAAGAUACCGCUUUGUAGUCAAAGUCGAAGAUUAGCGUCGCCGAUUUAUGUAACAUGUUCUUACAUUUUUCAAGUGUCUAAACUACGAAUUAAAUAGCUGUCGUAUAUCCCGCCGUUUUGAUAAUUAUAUGGAGUAUCAUCCGUCAUAUUUCAAUUUGAUGAGCGAAGCCUUGAUCAAGAAUCAGAAAGUAAGAGAAUGUGCACGAUGCGAGUCUACAAUUUUCUAACUUAUUAUUUUGCCUUUCAAUCAGGCACCUCGUACCACGUACUACACUUUUAGGAGAUAUCACCUUGUACGUAAUUAGUAGUAAAAUAGCGUACUGUUCGAAUACGCGUAAAUUUAAAAAUGCAAUGAUUUCAUGCAGUUGAGUCUUCACACUCGGAGAUGCGGGACGCGUAACAACGAGAAUAGGUCUAAAACGAAUUCCCAAUUAAAAUCGACAAUUCGAAGUGCAGUUGCGCACCGUGACGGUACGCAACGAUGGUUGGACGCGGAAUAAUGAGCGGUUUGUUACAUACGUAUUAUGUAAUCGUGAGCAUUCAUUGGGAUGCAACUAGAGCGUAUCGAUAGGUAUUUCAACAAAAUAUUUUAACAAGGAGAUACGCGCAUGGAAAUUUACGAUACGAUGUAUGCCAUACGCAAUGAACCGUAACGUUACUGGAAUGGAGUAAGUAGAUAGGCAUGCCAAUUAAUCAUUUAGGUACAACGUCGAUACGCCGUCGUACGACAUUAAUUACAUAGUGCCGGCCGUGCAGUAAUAGUUCGAAUUAAGUUUGCGACAGAAGCAAGUAGCGCUGAGUAUAUAAUUAAAAAAUACGAGCCCGAUUGUGCGAAUCCCUUAAUAGUAUAUCGCUUAAUCCCGAUCGAUUUUACCGUAUAGCCACCCUGCCGCUUUAUCAUAGUGGUUCCUGUUGAUUUACUCUUUAAGAUGCGAACGAGGUGGAAUAUAAAGGUUUCUCGUAUAAAAUCGCAGUGAUACGCAGCCUGUAGCGCCAGGUAACGCGGGGGAGAGACAUUGUUUCAGUUCUCUAAACGUUAACGCAAAUAAGAGAUCGUACGAAUAAGCUUCCUACUUUUUUUGCCGCCCUGUCGCAGCUAUUAGUAGUGAUUAAUUGUUUCUUUUGUAUCGUAAUGAAAAAAAAUCGUUGAUUGUUAUUAAAAUUCGAAAUCAAACUGAUUCUCUUCAGGCGAUUACCUUAAAUUCAGUAGCUUUCGUUGAGAACGAUAAAGACAAAGGCGAAAGACGAAUUGUCUCGACGAAACUGUGUAUACUCGCGAAUAGAUUUAGCAAUUACGGCAUUUUUUCUCGAAGAGUGCCGACAUGUUACAGCAACUCGCGAGUAUGUCUAUAGCGGUACAAUGCCUAUCGAAGAUUUUUAUUUCGAAUUCUCUUAGUUUCACGAAGGAAUAACUCGUUAUAGAAUCAUGAAAGACUAUUGAUGUGGUUACUUAACCACGAAAUAUCCGUUUAUCCAACACGUAGAUUUAAUGCCGUCCGGAAGUAAAAUCUUCGAUUAUACAGUUAUUUUAUCGAGAGUCAUAUAUGCUUUUAGCGUUGCAAUGCUAGUUGAAAAGUUUGGCAAAUGAAUGUUGGGGCAUAUAUGAUAUUUCCGUAUGCGCGAUAAGGAUAUAACAGAACGCAAUAUGCAAUAAGGACACACUUACCAUCGACGAGGACUUCGAAAAGGCCUGAGCCGCGUAAGCAGGAAGAAGAUGAUCGUAUUGGAGAAGGCCCGUUGUGACUUCAAUUGUCCUCCGACUUGUGUCGUUGCUAAAAAGAAAGAGAUAGUAGAGCUUACUUCCCGCCUUUGCGUAUAUUCACUCUUUCGUUAUAUUUUUGAUAUUACUGUAUAUACCUGUACCUGUACACAUCGAUCGGAAAUUCAGAACCUGGUAUACAUCAAACGUGGAGAGAGAGGAAGGCAUUUCGUGUUGAAUCGCGCGGAAGAUGCGUUAUCGCGACGAUCGCUUUCCUUACUUCUCACAUUAGGAUCUAACAAAAAGAUUGAACUCUAACCCUUAUACAAGCGUGUGUUUCGGUUAUGGAAUUUAUCUCUUCUUAAUAUGCCACUUGUACUCAACAACAAGUAUAAUUACUCAACAACAAGUGAUCGAUCGUUCUUACCUUGAAUUAUACACUAAAGUCGUUGUGCUAAUGAUCGAAUAAGCUUGAGAUCCAGCAUGAAAAGGAUGAUAAAAAUUAAUCGCAAAAACGACGCGGACGCGGUCUAAAUGACCGUUAGCCAUUCUCGGCAAUGAACAUGUCGCGACUCUCUACUGUGUGAAGUGAGCAACAAACGGCCAUAGCUUCUCAUUGGCAGAUUAAAUUCGAAUUAUGGCGAAUGAAAAAGUUCCAUUUCAAAUCAAAUUCAAAUUUAAAUUUUAAUAGUUUGAGAUUGCGAUAUGAAGUUUUGUCAUCCCUUAAACUUAUCAACCAGUUUAAUUUAGGAAGUAAACUUGAUAAUUAUUUGAAUGAAUUUUUAUUACCAUUCAUAUACAUCGAGCCUUAAAUAUUCUAUUCUGUUAUAUUCUUGUGUUUAUUGUCAUUAAAUCUCUAAUUUUAUACCCAUUUGUUUGUGUAUGUGCGUGUAUGUGUGCACAUGAAACGUGAACCAACGUUUAGAUUCAUUAAUUUACUUUCAAUCUCAAUUGGAGUUAUACAACAGAAACCGCGCAGAGCUAAGAGAAAAAGUGUCAUAUGUAUAAUAUAACAGAAAUAUUAUUAUUAAUAUGAAGGUGCAUAUGUGUGUGUAUGUGCGUGUGUGUACACACAUACACACACAUAUAUUAAAAUGUAUUUAAACAUUAUAUGAAUCGCUUUUUGGAUCUGCAUUUAUUAAAAUUCGUGCUGUGAUAUACAUGUGAAUGUCACGAUAUAGCGUAAAGCAAACAACUAUUGAUAAAAAAGAAACUAAUCGAUAUU